AUGGUCGAGUCUUUCAAUGCUUGGAUUUUAUCGGCUCGAGAAAAGCUGAUCAUUACAAUGUGUGAAGAAAUAAGGAUACAGUUGAUGACCAAGUUUGAAGAGAAGAGGGAAUUAGGUAAUACUUGGAGCAGCAUGUUAGUACCGAAGGCUCAAGAAUUACUUGACAUGCGAAAGAUGAAGGCUCGAUUUUUGCACAAAGUUAUAUCCGUCAUAGACACGCUUUUUGAGAUCCACUAUCUUGGGAAGAAGUACGCUAUCGAUUUAAUGCAGUUGACAUGCAGUUGUAGAAAAUGGAAACUCAGUGGCAUUCCGUAUGGCCAUGCUAUUGCGGCAAUUAACCAUAUGCAUAUGGAUCCCACUGUGUACUGCCUUAAGUAUUUUACAGUGGAAUACUUUAGAAAGGCAUUUGAAACUCCCUUUGCACUUGUCCCAGAUGAUAUUGAAUUGACAGGCAUUUACAACCGGACAGUGUUGCCACCAAGGACUACGCGCCUUCCUGAUAGGCCAAAAAAGCAACGAAGAAUAUCCUAG